CAAAAGAAAAAUGAUGUCUUCUUCCACUUUUCAGCUUCUUGUUUCAGCAUUUUUUGUUUUCUUUUUCUUUAUGCAAGUGCAACCAUCCUAUUCCAUCGAAAAGUCCUAUGUUGUAUACUUAGGAGCACACUCUCAUGGCCCAAAUCCUUCAUUUGCUGAUCUUGACUCUGCAACAAAGUCCCAUUAUAGUUUACUAGGCUCUGUCCUGGGGAGCCAUGAGAAAGCCAAGGAUGCAAUAUUCUACUCCUAUAAUAGGCACAUCAACGGUUUUGCUGCACUGCUAGAAGAGGAAGAAGCAGAAGCACUAAAGAAAAAUCCAAAUGUAGUGUCUGUAUUCUUGAACAAAAUGUAUCAACUGCACACUACCCGGUCAUGGGAAUUUCUUGGACUCGAAAGAAAUGGAACAGUUCCUAAGGACUCUACUUGGGAGAGGGCAAGAUAUGGUGAAGGCACAAUCAUUGGUAACCUUGAUUCAGGUGUAUGGCCAGAAUCCAAGAGUUUUAGCGACCAAGGAAUGGGGCCAAUUCCAUCCAAGUGGAAGGGGAUCUGUCAAAUGGUCAACUUUGAUAGCCCAGAUAACAAAUUAUGCAACAGGAAGCUAGUUGGAGUAAGAUUUUUCUCCCAAGGUUCUAAUGCAUUAUUAUUUUCUUCUGCACGUGACACUUCUGGCCAUGGUUCACAUACUCUGUCAACUGCUGGGGGUAACUUUGUUGAAGGAGUAAAUGUAUUUGGUAAUGGUAAUGGCACUGCCAAAGGAGGAUCUCCAAAGGCACAUGUUGCAGCAUACAAGGUGUGUUGGCCGAUAAUGAACACAGGUAGCUGCUACUUUGCAGAUAUCUUAGCCGGUUUUGAGGCCGCCAUAAGCGAUGGUGUAGAUGUGAUUUCAGUUUCUCUUGGUGGGAGGCAGCCCGAAGAGCUGUUUUCUGACCCAAUAUCUAUAGGUUCCUUCCAUGCAGUUUCAAAUGGUAUAGUUGUUGUUAGCUCUGCUGGGAAUAGGGGACCUUAUCCUGGGACUAUUUCUAAUGUGGCACCCUGGUUGUUCACUGUUGCUGCUAGCACAACAGAUAGAGACUUCACCAGUUAUGUUAAGCUUGGUGACAAGAAGAAGCUUAAGGGUCCUAGUCUUUCUUCUAUGGGCUUGCCAUCAAAGAAGUUCUAUCCUUUGAUUAGUGCUGAGAACGCGAAUAAAGCAAAUGCACUGCCUCAAGAAGCCAAACUCUGCCGUGAGGGAACUCUUGAUGCUGAAAAGGUGAAGGGAAAAAUCGUGGUCUGUCUUGAAGAUAAGUUUUCUGCAGUUCUACAAGGCUCAGAAGCUGCUUCUGCAGGCGCCGUUGGAAUGAUUUUGGCCAAUGAUGGCCAAAACUUAUAUGAUUUCAUGGCAGACCCUCAUGUUUUACCAGCUUCACAUGUCAACUACACGGAUGGUGAAUACAUUUAUUCCUACAUCAAACAUAAAAAGAACCCUGUGGCUUACAUGACUAAACCAAAGACAAAAUUUCCAACAAUUCCAGCUCCAGUGGUUGCUUCAUUCUCAUCUAGAGGACCUAACACCAUCCAACCAUCAAUUCUAAAGCCUGACAUAACUGCACCUGGGGUGAACAUAAUUGCUGCUUACUCAGAAGCCACAAGUGUAUCUGGAUUACUAUCAGAUGAUAGAAGGGUUCCUUUCAAUUCAUUGACUGGAACUUCCAUGGCAUGCCCCCAUGUAUCUGGCAUUGUAGGCCUUCUCAAAACACUUCAUCCAGAAUGGAGUCCAGCAGCUAUCAAGUCAGCAAUUAUGACCACCGCAAGCACAAUGGAUAACAGCAAAAGACCAAUCAAGGAUCGUUUCCAUGCAGAAGCAACUCCAUUUGCAUAUGGCUCUGGUCACAUUCAACCUGAUCUUGCGAUAGACCCUGGACUAAUUUAUGAUCUCAACCUCAUUGAUUACUUGAACCUAAUAUGUGCUUACAAUCAAAGCCAUGAACAAGUUGAGGCAAUUCAUAACAAGCCUUUCAUUUGUCCAGAGUCCUACAAUGUGGUGGAUUUCAACUACCCUGCAAUCACAGUGCUUCUUGAUCUUGGGGAGCACCACAUUGUGAAUGUUAGCAGAACUGUAACAAAUGUUGGGCCUCCAAGUACAUAUAAGGUGCAAGCCAAGGCACCUAGAGGGGUUUCAGUUAUGGUUGAGCCAAGUUCAUUGACCUUUAAGGAAGUUGGUGAGAAGAAGACAUUCAAGGUUGUUUUGAAAGCCAUGAUGGGUGUUAUUGAGGAAGAAGCUGCAAAAACAGAUUAUGUGUUUGGGGAGUUGUGGUGGUCAGAUGCAAAGCACAAAGUUAGAAGUGCUAUUGUGGUGAAGCUCAAGUAAAUAAGUGAUUUUGAAUAAUAACUGAUUUCAUGUCCUAGCGGCUGGAGCAGGAGAGCCAUCAAGUUAAAUAAGUGAUUAAUGUAUUAUAUAUACAUCUCUGCAGGUUAUAAAUAUGAUAUUUUUCAUAAUAAUAAAUCAUUUGCUUAUAGAAAAACAUGUAAAUGUGGCAUUAAGAAAUUAUAUGAGGAAACCAUCUUAAGCCAAACUCAU